CUAUGUUGUUAUUCACGGACGCUGACGACUUGAAUCUGUUACAGUUCUCGUGGUCUAUUCGUGCGUGCCAUUGUUGAUAUUGUUUUAAAACAUCUUUCGUAUGCUGAGUAUGUCUGUUUGGUGAAUCUCCAAGUCCAACUACAGGUGGACCACACCUAAAACUAGACACGUUUGCAAGUUGUGUGAAUCGUAGGUAACCGAGUACAUCGAGAGCAUUAUGGACGCGGAUGGAGGCGAUCAAGUCGCCGAUGAAUUGAAGAGUUUGGAUUUAAAGGAUACAGCGAGCGUUGAAGAGGAAGUUGUCGAAGACGAAGAAAGUCAAAAUUUGCGGAGCGAGAGAGUUCCUUCAGUGUCGAUGAGGACCAUGCACUUUACCAAUGGCGAUUGGUAUCCCGAGGAAAAGCCGAAAAUUGCACCACCUUCAGAUCCUGUAGUUGAGAGAGCGGUCCCAUCCGAAGGAUCUGGAGAAAAUGUUUCCGAAGCUCGAAAAACUCUGGACGAAGCUGAGCUAAGUUCUGAGGAAGACGAUACUGAUGCAAUGGAGCGAUACGCCAAUGAAAAGACUGGGGAGGUACCCGAGUCGUUCUUCGAGAUUCUCUGCAGGGAAUGCACUAAAAUCCCGUACACCCCAGAGGAACAACAGGAGCGCCGGAAUUCAGGUCACCUCGAGCGUAACAAGAUGCUUCUUGAAGGCAUUAAAACAAAUCAUCGCGAAUGGAUGUAUCAAAUUGAAGAAAGGAUAGCUCUCGAAAUGAUGAACGAACGUCGAAAAGCUCGCAAAAAAGCCCUCAAAGAACAACGAAAGCUUGCAGAGGCGGUGGCCGGGUCUGGGCUUGAUGCCCAGGCUACCGCGUAGAGUUGAUAGCGUCGCGCCAGAUGUCACAGAAGAUAAUGUACGGAAGUGACGUCGAUAAUAUAGAUAUUUUCUGAAAAAUAUGCUUUUCUAAAAAGGGUCAAUAAUAAUAAUAAAAGCUUGUAUUAGACGUUGAGAAAUA